GAGUUAGUUAUGUUUAUAAUUUAACGCGAUACUCUUACACCAUCUGCACAUAUUACUUUUCUUAAUAACAUUGAAUUAUUUAAUUUCCUUUUUUUCGUUAAAUUGUUAACGUUGUUGAUAAGUUCACAUUUAAUAACAUCAUAGUUAAUGAUGCACUCGUGAAUUCGUCGCCAGUUUACUAAGAGAGUAUUGUUUAUAAUAAUAAAAGUGUAUUUUUUAUUACUGGAUCAAAAAAAUGUCUUCGCAACGUGCAUUGCCACAGAGUAAAGAAGCCUUGUUAAAAUCAUAUACAACACGAUUGAAGGACGAUGUUAAAUCAAUGCUAGAAAAUUUCGAAGAAAUUGUCAAGCUUGCAAAAGGUGAAAAUGAUUCUCAACUGUCACGAAUGGCACAGUGCGAACAGGACACAUUUGAAAUGCAUGUGAGAGCAGCUAACAUUGUAAGAGCUGGUGAAUCUCUGAUGAAAUUGGUUUCAGAUAUAAAACAAUAUCUAAUUCUCAAUGAUUUUCCAUCUGUUAAUGAUGCUAUAGCUCAUAAUAGUAAAUUAUUUAGAACAAAACAAGCUGAAUGUGAUCAAAAAUUGGCAUCUUUGAGAGAUGACAUGGCAGCAGAUUUGUAUGAUUUAGAAGAAGAAUAUUAUACUUCUAUAUAUAAAUAACAACUGUUCAAUUUUAGGCAAUUUUUUUUUUUUUUUUUCG